CGGCACUUUGGAUUUGUGUGGAGGAGGAGCCCCACCCCCUUGCUGACACACGUUGUUUACUGGGACAAGAAAGCCUUUCAAGACUAUCAUAUCAUAUCCAUAUCUAGUUGGUAGCUGAGCUGACAGCCAUGAAGACAAAGGUUUUUGUCUCCAUUCUUGCGCUCCUUGCACUGGGACAAGCUCAGGACACUACCCCAACGUGUCCACAAGUAGACUGUCCUCCUGGGACUCCUAUAUAUAACUGCUUGCUGGAUCCAUGCAGGACUGCACGCUGCCCCCUCUACCCUGAGGCCACCUGUUGUUCCAACUACUGCGGUGGCUGCAAUUAUAACUUUACCACUUCUACCACUGAAGAUGUCACCGCCAGGUGUGCUCAGAGUGCACAGUGCCCUCUCCCUGACUUGACUACCACAUGUGAGAGGCCAGAGUACAGCUGCAGAGCUGACACUGACUGCACUAACUCCCAGGUCUGCUGUAGCAUGAACAGAGCCUGUGGUACCGCCUGUCAGGACCCAGUGGACAUGUGUGCAACAAUUGGCUGUGCUCUACCCCUCUGCCUGCCUGGGUACACUCCAGUGACCCCUGAGGGCGAAUGCUGUCCAGUGUGCAGACCUACUCUGACCUGCCCUGCCCCCUCUGCUGAUCUACCCCUCACCUCACUAUCUGGAUCAUGCCCUCAGACUUGCAGUGAGGACGUUCCCUGUACCUUGAAUCAUAUGUGCUGUCAGAUAGACAGCUGCUCUGGUACUGUGUGUGUGCCACCUGUGUCGGGCUGUACACUGGAGGAAGGCAUGAUCGUUCCAGAGGGGACCAUCACUAACCCUGACAGCUGCACUGUAUGCACGUGUCUUCGCAACGGGACAAUCUCUUGUGAAAGAACUUGCAUCAGAGAGUGCCCUGAUCCCUCUAGCCUGGGCUCUGACUCGGCGGGGAUAUGUGCCUUCACGUGUCAGAUUGACUCUGACUGCUCUCAAGAUUCCUAUUGCUGUGAGAACAACUGUGGGGGUACCGUGUGUUCGACCCUUGACCUCAUGUGUCAGACACGCACUGGUAACCUCUUGAACUCUGGGGAGACAUUCAUGGAUGACUGCAAUACUUGCACUUGUGGGGACGAUGGUUCUAUAAGCUGCACUGAAAUAUUUUGCCCCGAGCGAGGUUGCCCCGCCCCCAGUGGCUCUAUACCCCAGAACAUGUCAUGUGACUCUCAGGAGGAUUGUAGGUGUUCUGAUCGUCAACGCUGCUGCCCAUUGUAUAAUGAUUGUGAUCUUGUGUUGUCUUGCGUACAACUUGUUGUUAUCUGUCGUCAUGACGAUGGGACCACCGUCCGAGCUGGAGAAUCUUACUCUCCUCCCAACCUGUGUCAGACUUGCUCUUGCAGUGGUGAUGGACUGCUGACUUGUGUACGGAGGGAUGGCUGUGACGGUUGCACUAUGGGAGAUGUAGUGUAUGCACUCAACCAUACAGUGCCAUCCACUGACUGCAACACUUGCACCUGUGGGGAGAAUGGUAACAUCAUCUGCACACAGAUUGACUGUGAACAGUUCUGUGAGGGUCCUAAUGAUCGAAUGAUUGCUAUUGGAGAUAGCUUCGAGUCUCCUGAUGGAUGCAGUACAUGCACCUGCACUGAGCAGAGAACGAUAGCCUGCACUUAUCGCUACUGUCCUGACCGUUGCUUCCAGCCUAUUGAUGUGGGCGACUGUGAUGCUGUGGUUCCUCGCUAUUGGUACGAUCAGACACGCAGAGUGUGCUCUCAGUUUGACUGGGGUGGUUGUGAUGGAAACAGGAACAACUUUGAGAACAUUGGAGACUGCCUCAGAGCUUGCAACAGCACGAGCACAUGUCUGGCUACUAUCUAUCCUAAUGAUCAGGAGCCCCUCUGCUUGAUUGCCCCUCAACAACGAUGGACCUUCAACCUUGAGCUUGGUCUAUGUACUGAUGUUGGGUACAUUCCAUGUCAGAGCAGUGAGGGCUACAAUAUAUACCAGACAGAGGAGGAGUGCAACAGGGUCUGUGUAGGGGGAGAACCUGAAGGCGAGUGCCCCCCUGAUGUGCCUAUUGUGCGGUGCAUUGCUGACCCCUGUGUCGUUAGCUCUUGUCCUAACAUUCCUAACGUCAAGUGCGAGUCCAACUAUUGUGGAGGCUGCAAUGCUGUCUUCUAUGAUGCUGAAGGCAAUGAUGUCACCGCUGGUUGUGUUGAUGGCCCAACCUGUGACGAUGGCAGUGCAUUAGCUUUAUGCUUCACCAACCCUUGUGAUGUCUCCAGAUGUCCCAGCUUCCCUGAUGCUGUCUGUCAAGCCAACUAUUGCGGUGGUUGUAACGCCUGGUACUUCAAUGGAACAGAUCGUGCCAAUGUCACUGACAUGUGUGGAACAAAUCGCCCCACUCCCCUGGAGUUCCUCCAGUGUCCAAUCCCUGACAGUGAUGUUAUUGGUACUUGCGUACAGUCAUGUAGGAGUCAUGAUAACUGCACUGGAGGGAGUCUCUGCUGCUCUAAUGGCUGUGGACGAACCUGUCAAGUGGCAGACUCCAUUCCCUAUUAUCCUCUACCCUCCACAUGUCCCGUUACCUCGGCAACUGACUUCCUCGGCACUUGUGUUAUUAGUGAUGAUUCUUGUACUGCUGAUGAUGAUUGUUCAGACGAUGGAGAGGUGUGUUGUCGUAGUGGGUGUGGUCGAACAUGCCAGGGGACGGUCCAACCCACCAGGCCUUGUCUGGCUGUAUUAGAUGCCAUUGAUGCUGCUCUAUCUGGUUCUGCUAGCCAUCCAUUAGGCCUGUUCCUACCUGACUGUUUUGUUGAUGGCAGCUUUGCCCCCACUCAAUGUCACGGCUCCUUCUGUUGGUGUGUGGACACUAAUACUGGAUUGCCCACGUCCCCCCGGAGUCCCAUUGGAACCAUGCCGUCUUGCAUCACGUGUCCCUACGAGGGCUCCACCUACUAUCCUGGACAAUCCUUCCCAGCCUCUGAUGGUUGCAACACAUGCUGGUGUGGUGAUAAUGGAGGAGUGUCCUGCACUAGGAUUGGUUGUGAGGAACCCACUCGCUGUAGUGCAGAGCCUGACACUGGUCCAUGUCGUGGGUCUAACCCCGCCUACUAUUAUGACCCCCUGGAUGCCACCUGUAAGAGGUUCACCUGGGGAGGAUGUGGAGGCAAUGACAACAAGUAUAAGACAGUGAGGGACUGUCUGCGAUCAUGCAAACCAGAUAGCCUCUGUCUGCUACCAACUGACACUGGUAUGUGUCGGGCUUAUAUACCAUCUUAUUUCUUCAAUGCCACGAGCGGACGCUGUGAGCAGUUUGGGUAUGGUGGUUGUGAUGGUAACGAGAACCGCUUCCAGAAUGGUUCAGAGUGUGUGGACAGAUGCAGUCCUGGUGGGGAUUACGUGGAUGAGUGUCUGGGCAUUAGCUGUCCCGCGAUAGCGUGCCCCCAGGGUUCAGAGUUCGUGUCUGAUGGCUCGUGCUGCGGAGGAACCUGCUCUGAUAUUGAGUGCGAGGAUGAUGAGAAGAUGUGUAGAGAUGGAUCAGGGUGUGUGAGUGAGGAGAGGAUCUGUGAUGUCUUCCAGGACUGUGAGGACGGCUCUGAUGAGAGGGACUGCCCCGAACCACCAUCUGACUGUGAUGGUGGGUUCGAGUGUGGCACCGGGGAGUGUCUGCCUGCCAACUUCCGCUGUGACGACUAUAUUGACUGCCGGGACCGCUCUGAUGAGCAGGGCUGCAAUACCCUACCCCCCAACACCCAGUAUAUCUCAGAGACCCCUCGUGAGUGCCCCCCCAUCACUGACCGCCUGGUGGACUGUGAGGAAGAUAGCUGCUCUACUAACAGAGACUGCAGUGAUGAUGGCCUGUGUUGUCCUACUAGCUGUGGAUCUAACCAGUGUACACGUGGUCGACCCAUCACUCCACUCUGUCAGGCAUUGAGACGAACACGUGUGGGUGUGGCCGACACGACCUUUGUACCCGAGUGUGAUAGCGAUGGAACCUUUGCCCCUGUCCAAUGCUACAAUGAAUACUGUUGGUGUGUGGAUAUUCACGAUGGUUAUCCUGUCACAGUGGGAGCCCGGGAAAGGCCCACUUGCGGCUGUCAGUUGAGAGAUGACGAUCGAUCGAGUUUGAUACCAUUUGGUGAUACAUACCCGGACAGAGACGGAUGCAACAGUUGUUUCUGCACGCCAGGAUGGCCUCGUGAGGAGUAUUGCACUAAUGACCGUUGUCCAACCGGGUGCUCCAUCAAUGCUAUGAGGGUGGAGCAUGGAGGAGUGUUUGAUGAUGAAUGCAUCAGAUGCAAGUGUUCAUUUGGAGCUCUCAACUGCACAAGAAAGGACUGCUCUUCCACAGCACCUAUUAGACAACCAACCACAGUGAGGAUGCCCUUCAACGGAGACUUUGACAGCAUAGUGACUGAUGACAAUGCUAAGGAGGAGCUACAACGUGAAGUGACUCGAACACUGCUUCUCAUGUACAAGGAUACACUCAACCUCAAGCAAGAGCAGAUCACUGAAGUAACGGUGGAGAAGGGCAGUGUCAUCAUCAUUGUAGAGUUAUCUGAUUCCUCCGACACAAGCAACGCUAACCUGACCGUCUUGCUGAGUCAGCUAGAACAAGACUUUGGCAGUGAUGCCAUAGUGAUCAGGUUUGGUAGCAGUGUCCUGCAGCCCUCUGGUGAUAUAGUGGUGGCAGAGAGGAGUGGUGUGGUUGAGUUUGCUCCGUGGAUCAUUGCUGUGAUUGUAGUUGCUCUGGUACUGACUGUUGUGGCUAUCGUGGCCAUCAUCAUGACUGUGGUGGUGUGCUGUAAGAACAAGAAGGCAGGCAAGGGUUCAGGGUACGACGUCAGCACGAAUGACUACGACUCGAGGGUGGCCUACACUAAGAAUGCCUCAUAUGAGACUGUCAAGGUGCCCCUGGACUAACAGCCUGUCCAGUGAUGAACAUUAAUAUACUCUGAGUAGUUAAUUAUACAGCUGCUGCACAUUAUUUUAACACUUUUAUAUUAUGUAUGUAUCCCCCACACAAUAAGGUUUUUAUAAUGUUUUUAUAAUUCAUUGUCGGCUUAGUAUGAUUGAAACAACUU